GGCGGCGAGCGAGAGGAGGCAGCCGGGGAAGGCGCUGGCGGGGCUCUCCCUUCGGCACGAUCCACGCGCGCUCCACGAGCCGAGCUCCUCCCGCGCGCCUUCCUCGCCUCCGCGCCACGGUCUGCCGUGCCCGCCACCCCGCCGCCGCGCUCCGCCCGGCCGCGCUGGGACCAGGGUACCACUGGGCGUUGGGCUCCCGCGUCCUGCAUCCCUCGGCGGUGAUGCGCUAGCGGAGGAAGCGCAUCCUUGGCAACUCGCUGGCUUUUCUCGCCUUCUCUUUUUGCCACUCAGUUCAACAGUUCCAAAGAGGCAGGGAGCGUUUAAAAGAGAAGGGGAAGGUGGGGAGGAAAAGGAACUGGAUAUAAACAACCUUUGGCCAUGGAUGUUUUCAUGAAAGGAUUUAAUAAAGCCAAGGAAGGGGUCGUGGCAGCAGCUGAGAAGACCAAGCAAGGCAUGGCGGAUGCAGCUGGGAAAACGAAAGAAGGCAUGCUUUACAUGGGUUCAAAGACCAAGGAGGGAGUUGUUCAUGGGGUCACAACAGUUGCAGAGAAAACUAAGGAACAGGUAUCGAAUGUUGGGGGAGCAGUAGUGACUGGAGUAACAGCUGUUGCGCAGAAGACGGUGGAAGGUGCAGGAAAUAUUGCUGCGGCCACUGGCUUUGUCAAGAAGGAUCAACUGGCCAAACAGAAUGAAGAAGGUUUCACACAGGAAGGAGUUAUGGAUAACACAAACAUGCAGGCAGACCCUGACAAUGAAGCCUACGAAAUGCCUCCUGAGGAAGAGUACCAGGAUUAUGAGCCUGAGGCGUGAAUCCUGCCCAACUCCAUCUCCUCCUUCCUGUUAACACAGACAUCCUGUCCUGUACAAGUGCUGAGUUCCAAUGUGCCCAGUCGUAAACUAUUUUUAUAGUUUUGAAGUCUUCCAUCCGCAGUGAUUGGAGCAUCUCUAACCGUGUCCAGUUCUCGUUUCGGUGACCUGCCUCCUCCCUCCAAAAUGGAAGCCUGGGUCUCAGAGCCAUUGUUGUUGUGUAGAUAUUGUGACUUGGGGUUCUAAAAAGUUUGAAAACAAUUUUAAAAAACACCUAAGUGUCUGUUCUUUAUUUCUAAAGCUUUUUAUGUUUUGUUCAUAGAUUGUCGGUACUUUGGUAUUGUUUAAGGAUAAGAAAAUUUUUUAAUGUUUCCUAUUAUUCCUUUCCUGUCCAAUGAUGAAAUUAUUGUGAAAGUUGUUAAUAUAUUUCUAUAUAUACAUAUAUACUUAUACAUAAAGUGAUUAAGCAUGAACUAUGCACCUAUAAAUAUUAACUGUGGAAUUUUGUUUUGUGACACGUUUUACUACCUUGUAUCUGUAAAUAACGGUGUCCAACUGGAAUAAAUACAAUGUUACCUGUUCAAAAA